UCGCCAGCUGACUGACUUCUGCUCCGGUUGUUGCGGCCCGGGAGGAGGAGCGGCCACACGCCGCAGGAAAAGUUUGCUCGUGCUUCCUCAAAAGAAAAAGAAAAAAAGCAAUGGACGAAGUUUAUUAAGUCACUUGGGCUCAGCCUCGGUGGCUUUUUCUAGGUUCGUUGAACGCGUGGAGACCGCGGUCAUUAACAGCAGGCCGUCGCACGCACGUUGGCCUGCGCGCUCACGCGAGAGAUGGCCGUUGGGAAUGAGACCGUCGUGUACCUGUCCGAGCAGGUGAUCGUGCUCUGCUCCUGCGCGCUGUCGUGCGUGGGCUCUUCGCUGAUCAUCCUCACCUACGUUGUCUGGUCGGACUUGAGGACGACCCCGAGGAGACUGCUGGUCUACCUCUCGGUGUCCGACUGGCUGUCAGCCGUCUCCUACGCCUUCGGAGUCUGGAGAGUUUUCCGCACCGACUCGCUGGACUGCGUUGUCCAGGGAGCCGUGUCCACUUUCGCCAACACCAGCUCUUUUUUCUGGACCGUGGCCAUUGCAGUUUACCUCUACGUUUUCAUCGUGAGGUCCAGCCAGCGAGGUGCUGACAGCUUGGUGUUGUUUUUCCACCUCGUCAGCUGGGGUGUCCCUCUGGCCAUCACUGUUGCAGCCGUCUGCCUGAAUAAGAUCGGCUACGAUGCGUCCGAGGUGUCUGUGGGCUGGUGCUGGGUCAGGAUCCACGCUCCGGACCGGGUCCUGUGGAUGCUGCUGACUGGGAAGAUCUGGGAGUUCUUGGCUUACCUCACCCUACCUGUGCUCUACAUCCUGAUCAAGAGACACAUAUACAUAGCGCACGCUGCCCUAUCAGAGUACCGUCCCAUCUUGGCCAACAGGCCUCUUUCCCACUCCUUCUCCUCCAUGGCUGACAUGAAGCUAACGCUCAUUCCAAUCAUCUUCAUCGUUCUGCGCAUUUGGAGCACAGUGCGGUUCAUUCUGCUGCUAGCCGGCUCUGCGGCCAGAUUGAACCCCGUUCUGGUCACGUUACAUGGAAUUGGCAACACCUCGCAGGGAGCAGCCAAUUGCAUCAUGUUUGUAUUGCUUACUCGGCCAAUCCGCACACGCCUCUGUGCCGCGCUCUGCUGCUGCUCCAAGUGUCGAGCGGACGAGCCGCCCUCGCAUGGCGCCCCUCGCACGCUGCUGCCUGGACAGGACACCUCAAGACCGAGGGAAGAGGACAGCACCAGUCGAGUCGGGAUUGAUUGAUGAUAUUUUGUGGAUGAGAAGAAAAACACUGGGGGAGGUCCCUGGUUCACUUCGAACCUCAUCACAGCAAAGUGGUUGCAGAGAAGGUUGGCGAUUCUGCAGAUGCAUGCACAUCUGUGUCACAAGAAAAGUCUCUGCACUGUUUGUGAUGAGGGUGACACUGCAUGGCUGUGCAGCAGCAUAUGGGGAAGGAUUUUGAGUGGUGCAUUCUGAAUACGCUGCACACAGAUGAUGCAGUGUCAUAGUGUGUCGUGCAUCAAACUUUCAAAAGCAUCACACUUUAAUUUGUUUAUUUGGACAUGUUUUCUAGUUGCGUUAUGAAAAGCAUACUCCAGUUUUGCAGCUUUAUUCAUAAUGUACUGUGUCGAUUCACUUACAUUAUGGUAUUAUCACUGUGAAAUGAAUGUUCGGUUUGUAUUUUGUUACACUGACUAUUCAAGUAUUAUAUUUAUGUGGAUAAAAGUGCCCCACAUUUUUGUCCGCACAGCAGUCUCACUUUUAGUGACACACACAAGUGUCACUAAUAAAAAAAAUAAACUUUUGCAGAGGGAUAAAUGCGAGAAGCGACUGUCAAAGUCUGCCAGCCUGAAAGAUGUUGCAAGAAGCUUUUUUUCAGCUAAGGCUAAUGUCAGUUAAAGUGAAUUAACUCAUAUUAAUUUCCUCAAAGCUCUUGUUAACGGUGCUGUAAGUGUGUUUCGCAAGGGUAUAAUGAAUGUUUAUUAAGUGAAAACCUGUCAGCAUGAACUCCAGCUGUUAUUUUCAGUUCACAGCUACACAUUAGUUGUUGCUUGUUUCAGUUUGGAGUAGAUUAUCUCUUUCGAAUGUUCCGCAAUGUAACUUGAACUCCCCCAAAAUUCUAAUUAAAAAAUUAAUGAAACUUAGGGAAUGUUUAACAGACUUUUGUGCAAGAACCAUGACUACAUCUUAUCGCCUCUGAAAAGGAAAGUAAAUUACAUGUUACGAGUACAGUUUUCUCUCACUGUAUGAUAGCUUAUAAACAUUACAUUUGAAUAUUAAAAACGUUCUACCAUCAUGUG